AAAUAAUAUUAGGUCAAGUCAUAAAUAACUUCCGAUACAGCUAGGUAGAAUCUAUGUUCGUAUCUACCCACUAUAAAUCACCUGGACAAAACGAGUUUUUGCUUUUACUAAAUAGAUAAGGGUUCAGUCUUCCGACAACUGUUUUGUGUGGUGCACAUUUCAUUAAACUGUUGUUUAUGAUCCCUAAAAUGGGGAGUGAAAAAAUGCAUAUUCGUCAUGUAAUGCUUUAGAAAUUUAAACAAGGCAAUAGUGCUAAGGCAACAGCUGAAAAAAUGUGCAGUGUAUACGGUGAAGGUCUAAUAAGCGAUCGGGCAGUUAAAAAUUGGUUUGCCAAAUUUCGUUCUGGAGAUACGAUUUUGAAGGACGAACCGAGGGCGGGACGUCCUUCCGACCUUGACGACAACCUUUUAAAGGCAAUAUUGGAGCAAAAUCUACGUCAAUCAACAAUAGAUAUAGCAGGAAGGUUGAAUACAUCACAAUCAACUGUUUGCCUCUACCUAGAGAAAUUAGGGAAAGUCAGCAAGUUAGGAGUAUGGGUACCUCACAAUCUCAGUGAACGGAAUAAAGAAGAUCGCAUAUCUUAUAACAGACGAUGAAAAAUACGUUACCUAUGACAAUAUCAUCCGUAAAAGACAGUAGCUUGAUAAGGAUCAACCAUCCCUGCUAGAUCCGAAAGCAAACAUCCAUGGAAAAAAGAUUUUAUUGUGUGUAUGGUGGAAUUGUCGAGGUAUAAUACAUACAUACGUUCGGCAGCUGCAAAGAGUGAAAGAAAAACUCUAUGAAAAGCGUCCUGCAUUCGUCAAUCGCCAUAACAUCAUUCUUUUACACGACAACGCGUGACCACAUACAGCAAGGGCGACUCAAGAAAAAAUUCUUGAACUUGGAUGGUCAGUUUUACAACACCCACCUUACUCUCCAACAGACUAUCACCUUUUCUGUUCCUUGCAAAACUUUUUGAAUGGAAAAACCUUCAAUUUUGAAGAGCAAGUCAGUCAAGGCUGUCGAAAGUUUCUUCCAGUCCAAACCAAUCACAUUUUACAAGGAAGGAAUUGAUAAGCUGCCAGGAAGAUGGGAGAAGGUCAUACAUAAUAGUGGU